AUGAUAUAUGCAAAAAUAUACAAAUUUACACCUUACGAUAAUAAUAAUAAUAAUAAUAAUAAUGAUCGUCACGAUGGUGAAGAUGGACAAGAACAUAAUGCGAACGAAGAGGAAGAGGAGGAAGAAACAUUUGGAUCAACUCAGCAAGACAAUGAUAGUGAUAAUGACAGCACGACAAGUGCAGAUAGCGACUACAACUUUUCAACAAACAAGGAUAAAAAGUACACCAAAGAGAUCAAGGAAUACCAUAGGUGGAAGAAAUGGAGGAAUCAAAGGAUAGAAAAACUAAAAGAAAAAAAGAAUUUAAAACAAAAAGAGAAAUUAGAAAGACAACAAAUAUUGACCAAUAACAAUAAUAAUAAUAUUAAUAAUAAUAAUAUUAAUCGUGAUAUAAAGAAUGAUAUUUUGUUAACCAAUAAUAAUAAUAAUAAUGAUGGAUCAACAUCAACUAUUCAUACAUCUAAAAAUACUCCAUUGGUAGCACUUUCAACCAAACAACAACCAGAGAUUAUUGAACCACCACUACCAUCAGACCAACAUAUGGAAGAGGAAGAGGAGGACCAUCAAGGACAUGAUCAUCAUGGCCACUUUAAAAAAAGUCCUAUAAAACUACGUGCUCGUGAUAAACUGAGACGUAUCAGAACACCAAAUGUACCUCCACCAAAAGGUGUCAACAUUGUAGACGAUCCAUUUAUCGAACUUGAUAGUGUUGACUCUAGGUACAUGGAAGAUGAAGAUCAAGCAGAAAAGAGAAGAAUUCUUGGUACUAGAAAAUAUGAAACAGCAUACAUCAAAAUCGAUUAUUAUUUGGAACACAUCAAUAUAUUCUUUUCGGUUGUAUGCUAUGGAAUCUAUAUUGCAAUAUCCUAUGUAUCAAAUGAUAGCCAUGCAUACAGUAUUUUAAAAACUCUCUUUUUGGUUCUAUUUGCUUAUUUCCUUGCUGAUUUCAUUAGAGGUUUAAUAUUUGCUGGAGCAAAAUUAAGAUAUUUAGCAACAUUUACAACAUUUAUUGAUAUUAUUACUAUUUUACCAAUGGCAAUAACGAUUGCACCGACAUCAGCCAUCGAUAUUAGACCAUUGGGAUUUAUUAGAAUUGUUAAAUUGAUUACAGUUCCAAAUUUACUAAGACUACAUGGAUAUGAUAGUUUGGUACAAAAGGUAGCACAACUUACCAUAUCGAUUGCUGUUUUGAUCCUUCUUACAGCUGGUAUUAUGAUGGAGAUCGAAGAAUGGCCUUUUCAUAAUUCACUUUAUUUUUCAGUUGUCACUCUGGCCACCGUAGGAUACGGUGACUUUGUACCAACCUAUGUUGUAUCUAGAAUGUUAAUCGUAGCAAUGAUCAUUGCUGCUCUUUUAUUCCUCCCAAUUCAAACAUCUGAAUUAUUAAAAGCAAUUGGUUCAUUUAAAUCAUGGCAUGGUAAAAAUAGAACAAAUCAACCAUUUUCAAUGAUUGUUGGAAAUAUAAAUGAAAGAUCUUUAAAUACUUUUUUAAAAGAAUAUUUUUUUAAUACGAGAAUAUCAUCAAAAUUAUCAAUGGUAAUAUUUAGUAUUCAUGAACCACCACCAGUAUUUCAUAGAUUAUCAGAAGUGUAUAGUCAAAAUAGAUUUUUAUCAUAUAUUCAAGGUUCAUCUUCAAAUGAACACGAUAUUGAAAGAGCCAAUCUUAAAAAGGCACGUUCAGUAUUUAUCUUUUCAAAGCAAUCCUAUCAAGAAUCUAAAAAGGAUGAUGUAGAUAAUAUUCUAAGAAUAAUGGCAAUUCGAUCAUUCUCUGAUGUACCAAUCUACGCUCAAGUAAUGAAUCCAAAUUAUAAAAAACAAAUGUAUGAUGCUGGUGCCACUCAAGUAAUUUCAAUCCAAGAACUUAAAAUGAUGAUGCUCGCUCAAUCAUGUCUAUCACCUGGAUUUAGUACAUUGAUGAUGAAUCUUUUACGUUCAGACGUGACAAAGUAUAGUGAAAUUGAUGAAUAUGGAUCAGGAAAUGGUUAUGAAAUCUUUAAUGUUCCUCUUUCAUCUGCAUUCUUUGAAAUGACCUUUAAAAAUGUUACAAAAUUAGUUUUUGAAAAAUUAGGAAUGACAAUUUUUGGAAUUAUAUCGAUAAUGGAAAAUGAGAAAAACCAAUUUAGAUUAAAUCCAUAUCACUAUACUAUCAAACCUGGUGAUAUAGCUAUCAUGUUGAGUAAAAAUCGUAUUGCAGCUAAAAGAGUGACCAAUGUUACGAGUGAAUUUCUUUUUAGCGACAAGGCAAUGGAUUCCAAAGGGAAAUUGGUUCAUUCUGAUUCCUCAAAACCAAAGAUCAAGUGGACAUUUGAUAAAAGAACAAAAAGAUACAAAGUUCAUAUCGAUUUUGAUGAACAAAAUACACCAACAACCAAGAGUCCAGACUCACCCAAAAAAGAACAUAAACCAUCGAUCAAAGAGAAAUUGGAUAAUUAUUUUGGAUCAUUGGAUUCUCCUCAUAUGUUUUUCGAACCAACCAUUCCUCAUGAAAACAAUAUCAGACAUUUCUUGGCAAAACGCCGUCAUUCCUUUUCUACUUUGCCCCUCUCCAAGUCUUGUGUCUUUAGACCAAAGCCUCUCGACACUCCUCGUAUCACUCGUGACAUGGUUCAUCAUAAACAAUCAAAACCUUUUUAUAGAUCAGAUCUUUGGCAACCAAGAUCUUUUGAAGAUGCAUUUGUUGAUAGUGUAGUUGAUGAUGAAUUUGUAAAGAAUCAUAUUAUUAUAGCAGGUGAUGCUCAUACAAUGUAUUGGUUUAUUAAACCUCUCCGAGAAGACUAUUUACAUCGUAUCGACCCAAUAGUCAUUUUGACUAAACAUUUUCCUAUCAAAGAAUGGUCCCUAUUAUCAAAGUUUCCAGAGGUUUAUAUUAUCGAGGGAAGUGGAACAAAAAGAGAAGAUUUAGUUCGAGCAGGUAUACUCAAGUGUUCAAAACUUGUAGUAACUUCUUCUGAAAGAAAUCAAGACUCUGAAUCUAUUUUACGCGAUAGGAAUACUCUUCAAACAGUGAUUGCUGCCAAACCAUUUCUUCUAUCUCAAAAUAAUUUCUUUCCCAUUUUUGAAUUGGAAAUUCCUCAAAAUUCACAUUUUAUCCCUGGUAAUGAAUUCUGGCGCCAAUCCACUCCCAUUCACCUAUGUCCCUUAUUUGCCAGUGGUAGUUUGGUAUUUAAAAGCGUCUUUGAUAGUCUUUUAUCACAAUGCUUCUAUAAUCCUCAUAUUCUUUCUUUAAUUGAAACUCUUGUUGGAUUAAGUUCACCAAAUACAAAAAUAAGGACUAGACUUUUUCAAGUAGAGAUUCCUCCCAAGUUUGUAGGAUGUAGAUAUGGGUUCUUUUUGGGAUUAUUUAGGACCAAUCCUCAAAAUUUACAAACCUAUCCUGUUCCAAACCCAGAAUCAAGUCUGCAACUUCGAGACGAUGACCAUCUAUUUAUUUUGGUUCGAGUAUAA